UACAAGCUUUCUCGAGAAGAGAAGUUUCUGAUGUGGGCUGUUUUCAGCAUUCAACUUCAGGUGGUUCCUCACUUGCUCAAGAAGUAUGCGACCACCCAUAACUUGGAUGAACCAGAAGGCGAGCACUUCUUCUAUUCCUUUUGUUUAUUCGACAGCCUAUGCUAAUAUAUCUGUUUAACUAUUUUGCAGCCCUUCUAGUAUUCAUUUCUGUAGUGCAACAACAACAUGAAGAGUACAAUCAUGCUCGUGAAAUCCUAUCCAUGUUGGGUUCGACACUUCUAAUAUGUGAAGUUGAUAGGCUAGUAUAAAGGGGGAUAUGCUUCUUGCUCAUUUUUUAUGUUGGUAUAGUCCUGCCGCGGAGAUCUUGAUUUCUCAGUCACUGAAAUGUUCUGAAGACUGGGAAUAUUUCCUCAGCGAGUUGGGUCGAUUGCUGGAGGAUGAUAGUCAGUGGUGUGGUGCAACAACUGACAAUCAAAUUCAUCCACCCAUGCUCUUAGCGUGCAAAUUAUCUCAGCUAUCUGAAUUUCUCAAUAUGCAAAAGCAGUUUGGAACAAAAUUGUCAAAGGUCCGACACCCAAAGUAUUUCAUGGAGGUACAACAUCCUGUUUUUGCAACGGAAUACGAUUGGUCUGAUAAUGAUGCGGAUGAGUACUUUAGCAGGCUUGGUGCUGGCAAUAAAGUAACCCUUCGAAUCUCCCGAGCGUCUGAAGAAUUACAGUUGGUUAAUAAUCUCCGUGGACAAGAUUCAUUGACUCCAGCCCUCCAAGUAGAAGUUCAAAAGUUUCUUGCAGGAGUUGAUGAGAUCUCAGAUUUCAUUCCUGAUGGAGUCUCUGAUUACCAUGGGACAUCAAUUGCCUUGAAAACGGAUAGAUUCAUCAUAGUAGCCGCUGAUGGGAAACUUACUACAAAAGAUAAUUCUGAAGGCUUAAACUUGAAAGCUGAUAAGGUUCUUCGUCUCGAUGACAUGUGUGUUGGAAUAUGUAGUUCUUGGAAGACUUUGAGUAUCACAGUUGGCGUGUUGGAGAGCCGUUUUAGAGAUGUUAAGAAUGAGAGAGCUAAAAGACCUACAGUUAGCGAACUAGCUGAUUUCUUGAGAGAAGAAUCGUCAUCAUCGUGCCAAGGGAAGUCUGGAACUAUUCUUGGUGCCUUCGAUCAGUUAGAGGAGGGUGUAUGUGUUCCUUGCAUCUCGUUUGCCGAUGAUUGCAAUAGAAUUGAUGUUAACCAACCAUUCUUCUGCUUGGGAACUGGUGCAUGGUUUGCUAAUAAGAUCUUGUCAGACGGAUUCAAGGUGGACAUGGGGCUGGAUGAGGCCAUCUGUUUGGUUGAGAGAGCGCUUGUUUAUGCGAGUUUACAUGAUAGUUGCACGGGUGGAUGGGAUAACAUUAACGUGAUCGAGGUUGGCAAGCCCGUAAGAGCAAUAACCAGAGAACAGAUAUGUACUACAUUAUGGCGUAGACAUCAUUUGUCUCUUCCUGAAAAUCCUACAAGAUUCACUCGCUAAGUUUUUCUGUCUCUGUUUCCUAUCUUUCUCAGUGGACUAGAUGCUUCUCCGUAUUUUUAUGAUAUUCUAUGUGAUGAAUUUGCAAGUGUUUUAACCAAAUUCAUGAAAAGUUGGAGUUUCUUCCGAUUUGAUGUUUCAAUUAUAUUACUUCUAAAAAUUAGCCAUGGGUACUUGUAACUUAUUGGAAUCCAUCUUUCUUUAACUUAUUGGAAUCCAUCUUUCUUGACACUCAA